UUAAAAUAAAACUUUUUUUUUUCUUUUCCAUUUUCUCUCUAAUUUUCCGUCACUUUCUAGCGAACCAAACGAAGCUCAAUCCCUCUCUUACAACUCUCACUAUCCAUACAAUAUUUUCCAGAGAAUUUUCUCAGAUUCAAAGCGAACCAAUCAUUUUCCUUCACUAAAUAUUUUUAGAAGCGAAAAAAAAAAUGUUUCUUUUUGAUUGGUUUUAUGGAAUUCUGGCUUCACUAGGUCUGUGGCAAAAAGAGGCGAAGAUCUUGUUCUUAGGGCUUGAUAAUGCUGGAAAGACCACCUUGCUUUUCAUGCUUAAAGACGAGAGAUUAGUACAGCACCAACCGACGCAGUAUCCAACGUCGGAGGAGCUGAGUAUUGGGCAGAUAAAGUUCAAAGCUUUCGAUUUGGGUGGCCAUCAAAUCGCUCGCAGAGUCUGGAAGGACUAUUACGCUAAGGUGGAUGCUGUUGUGUACCUGGUUGAUGCUUAUGACAAGGAGAGAUUUGCAGAGUCAAAAAAGGAGCUUGAUGCGCUACUCUCUGAUGAGUCCUUGGCAACUGUCCCGUUCCUUAUUUUGGGAAACAAGAUCGACAUACCUUAUGCUGCUUCAGAGGAUGAGUUGCGCUACAAUAUGGGCCUGACCAACUUCACCACGGGUAAGGGUAAGGUUAAUUUGGCCGACUCCAAUGUUCGCCCUCUUGAAGUCUUCAUGUGCAGCAUUGUACGCAAGAUGGGAUAUGGCGAAGGCUUCAAGUGGCUUUCUCAAUACAUCAAGUAGGCAAAUGGAUAGGCUACCAAGAUUGUAAAUUUCCUGCUGUUGCUGCAGUCUCUACAUUUGAACUAGUGUUAGAGAAUUUUAAGCAUAGUUGUUGAUGUAAAGUAAAUAUAUAUAUACUGUCUAUGCUAAUAGCCAGCAUAAUUAGCUUGGAGACUAGGUGUGUUUUCUACCUGUUUUUGGUAAGGGAAAGAUAAGUUCUGUCUGCCUCCUCACUCUGUAUUGGUAACUAAAUGUCUAAAUUGCAGAAAGUAAUAAAGGGAUUGUGGCCAAGAGUCUUGUAGCUCAA